AGUGGGGAGAGGAGGGGUGAAGAUGCAGCAUCAGCAGCUGUCUCUCUCUCUCUCUCCCUUGCACACAGUCGACCUGAAUUCCUCCAGUGCUACAAUUAUGUGGACUCCCUGAGGUGUUGAGAAGAGAACUAAAGCGGGACGAGGACUGAGUGGACCGGGACGGGAGACUAGAGACGAAAGUGUCACCUGUCCCGCGCACGGAUGAGCCCACCCGCGUCUGAAGCUGCAAUGGACUCUCCACUAAACUGGCCACUUUAAAGGGGAUGAUACAUACAGGACUAGACCAGAUCCAAAUCUGACUCCCAACUUGAUUGGCCCUGGUUAUGGUCAUCGGCACUCUGGCUCUGGCGUUGAUACGAAAGGGGGUAAGAUGUUCGUGGAGUCUGUUGUUCGAUGGGCAGCGUGGAGCAUCCUGCUCCAGGCAGGACUGGAGGUUUCAGCAGGCAGUUGCCCCCCACGCUGUGUGUGUCGACACGAGGCAAAGGAAGUCAUCUGCUCGGGCAAACAUUUGAACUCCAUCCCAGAGGGCUUUUCCGGCGAUGCGAGGCAUUUGGAUUUAUCCUACAAUAAGAUUAGGACUGUGGGGCGCCGCCAGUUUUCUGGCCUGUCGCAACUUCAAGAUCUAGACCUCAGUGACAAUCUCAUCUCUAUGAUUGAGGUGGAAGCCUUCCAGGGACUACAGGAUCUCAGAACACUUCGGAUUAAGAACAAUCGACUCAAGAUCAUUCCUGUUGGGGUUUUUACAGGCCUGUCUGGUCUAAGAUUUCUGGAUCUGAGCCAGAAUGAGAUUCUAGUCUUCCUGGACUACACAUUUAAAGAGAUGAUGAACCUGCAGACGCUUGAGGCUGAUGAGAACGACUUGGUGUUCAUCUCGCAGCGUGCUUUUGUCGGUUUGCAGAGUCUUCAGGAACUUAACAUCGAUCGUAGCAAUUUGACAUCCAUUCCCACUGAAGCGUUGUCUCAGCUCCAGAGCCUGACACGCCUUCGCAUGCUCCGCCUCACCAUUUCCACUCUGCCAAACAAUGCUUUCCGUCGGCUGCACCGUCUGCGUACCCUCAUCAUAGCGAGCUGGCCCACUCUGGACACGAUAGCGAGCAACAGUCUGAUUGGACUCAAUCUGACUGCUCUGGUCAUCAGUAACUGCAACCUCAGCGCUGUGCCAUACUCAGCUCUUCGUCACCUGGCCUACUUGCGCUUCCUGGACCUGUCCUACAAUCCAAUCACUGUUAUUCAAGGUAAUCUUUUGGGGGACGUCCUCAGACUCCAAGAGUUACACCUUGCUGGGGGGAACUUGUUACGUAUAGAGCCAGGGGCUUUUAGGGGCCUCGCCUACUUCCGUAUGCUCAAUGUGACAUCAAAUCAGCUCACAACUUUGGAGGAGAGCACCAUGCACUCGGUGGGGAACCUUCAAGUGCUGAGGCUGGAUGGGAAUCCCCUAGCUUGUGACUGCCGUCUACUGUGGGUGGUACGUCGACGAUUGCGACUGAACUUUGAUGGACAUCAGCCCACAUGCUCGUCCCCCGACACAGUGAAGCAGCGAGAAUUCAGAGACUUUUCAGAAAAGGAGCUGCCGAGGCUGUUCACCUGCCGGCCGACUCGCAUCUUGGACCGCAGGCCGCAGGAGGCCAGGGUGGAGGAAGGCACCACUGUUCUCUUCUCCUGCAAGGCUGAUGGUGAUCCAGCUCCAUCAAUCACUUGGAUCUCUUCCCACAAGAAUGUGGUAUCUCCAACGGGAAGAAUCAGAGUUUUGACAAACGGUACCCUGGAAGUCCGGUUUGCACAGGUUCAUGACAGCGGCACCUAUCAGUGCCUUGCAGGCAACGCUGCCGGCAAUGACAGCCUGAUGGUUGGCCUCUAUGUAAAGGGGGGUGCUCGCAACCGAACCGUCCCAUUCUUCACCGAUGAAGACUGGCUGGAGCCUCCGAUACCCCAAGCCACCAAUUCCUCCGCUGAAAUGGCCAAACCCUACCCUUUUGACGCCAAGACUCUGAUCAUCGCCACCACUAUGGGCUUCCUGUCUUUCCUCAGCUCGGUAGCCAUCUGCUUUGUCUUCAUGUUCUUCUGGAGCCAGAGCAAAGGCCAGAUCAAGCACACGGCCACCAUUGACUUUGUUCCUCGCUCCUCCAUGGGUGGAGGAGGAGAUGGCGGGGACGGCGGCAGGUUUACUAUGAAACUCAUUUAAAGCCAAUUAAUCACCGGAUGGCCCCGUUCCAUUUUGAGGACGCCCCUUUCAGAGCCGGUCUUGUCCUUGGUCCUAACUUCAACUCACCACAGUCUCAACAGUUCUUGGCAACUAAACUAGUGUCGUUCAUAUCAACCCGCAUCCAUCAAGCUGUUCCGGGUCAACAAAAGUGCUUGUUUCAUUGUCCGUAUUGCAGCGUCUUUAUUGCCAACACAAGCAGACAUGCUCACUGUGAAGCGUAAGUGACUGUAGCAACAAAUACAGCAGGAGAAUAGCCAUGGAUGGCGACUUCACAGGAAUGUUUGCGAGUUGCAGCAGGGACUGAUACCUUAAUGUACAUAAGAAUGUACCAUCUGAAGCUUUGUUGACAUAUUUUCUUUCUAUAUACGACUUCUUGUUCCAUCACUUUUUCUAUAAGCAUGACAACUUUUUUUUAUUCUGUACCACACUGGAUAAUAUGUGCCUCAGUAACUUUAUAAAUAUGGACCAUGUUGUAAAUAUUUAGGCCAAGGACGUGUGUGUGUGUGUGUGUGUGCUGGCUUAUUCAGUUACUCUUGAUGUGUGGACACUAUUAACUGCUUUAAGUCAACAACAAACAAUGCACAUACUAUGUAUUUUUUAUUUUGCCAACUUCUUCAUGAACUUUCUUUCAUUUAAGUU